UCUGCGGACCCUGCACGGGGCGGACGGUUACCGGCUGAGCAGCUAGUACACGGCUGGACUGUGGGGAGGGGGGAACAAGGGGGGUCGUCAGCAUCACCAAGGACUGGUAUCCAGUGGCCGCGGACAUGGCGGAGAGACUUGAAUGGGUAGAAAUCAUAGAACCUCGCACACGAGAAUGCAUGUAUGCCAACCUCAUCACUGGUGAAUGUGUCUGGGAUCCACCUGCCGGAGUAAGAAUAAAACGUACAAAUGAAAACCAGUGGUGGGAACUUUUUGACCCAAAUACUUCUCGAUUCUACUACUACAAUGCUAGUACCCAGAGGACUGUAUGGCAUCGGCCUCAAAACUGUGACAUUAUCCCACUGGCCAAGCUUCAGACACUAAAACAGAAUACAGAGUCACCAAAGGCAUCAACAGAGAACAGUCCUGGACGGAGUAGCAAUAUCAGUAGGGAGGGCAGCACCAGCUCGUCGCUAGAGCAGGAGCUGGAUGGUGGUGAAAAGUGUAUGGAAGCGAAGUCUAAUCGGCAUUCAGCACCAUACUUUGUGGUUAAGGAAGAAGCUGACAGAACUUCAUCGUUAAGAUGGAAUUCAGGCACCAAAGAGAGAAUGCUGAUAAAAGUGACAGACCGAGAGCCCAGCUUCCUUAUGCAUCAAGGAAAUGGAUAUAGUACUGACACUACCCAAAGUACACGCUCAAGAAGAACAUCCAGCGGGCAGCCUUCUCCUGUAUUACAAACAUUCUCUGUGGACACAGAUAACGCAGUCUUUUUUUCUGAGAGAAAGCAGUCACCUUACUUAAAAAGAGCAGAUCAUGUUGGAACAUGCUCACCGCUUCUUGGAAGGGGAGAAUCUUUCUGUACUCUUCAAUCUCAACAUAGAAAGCACUCCAAUGAGUCACAGCCAUCUUCUCCUCGCUAUGCCUAUGAGCCCCCACUCUAUGAGGAGCCUCCAAUGGAGUAUCAAGCUCCAAUAUAUGAUGAACCCCCAAUGGAAAUGCAGUUUGAUGCCAGUGGAAAUUACAGAGCUAUGUCCCCUCAGAAAUCUCCUAUUCGCAAGCCACAACCUUUUCUUCAGUCUCCCAAACAACCUUCUAAUUCUCCGUACCAGCAGCUAGUGCUUACCAAACAGAAGUGUUCUGACCGGUACAUGAGCCUAGAUUACAGCCCUGCAGGCAAAGAAUAUGUGAGGCAACUAGUUUAUGUUGAACAGUCAGGUUCUAGUCCAAAGAUGAAAGCUGGCAUGAGACAUAAGUAUACCCCUAAUACUAUUGGUGGGUCAUACUCAUUGCAACAUAGCCCACCUUACAUGAGGGAACAGCGCCUGGAAGUUAAAUCAGGGGACUACAGCAGCAUGGAAGGUUGUGAUAGUCGACAUAGUCAACAAAUUAAUCCGUUUCAUGGAGAUGAUUCCAUGUCUUGGUCUAGUCAACAGGAUUCUCUGUCAUCAACAAGCUAUUCUCCCAGCACAAGAAAAAGGAAAAGCAGAAAACCUUCUUUAUCCUUGGAGCCUAACACAACACCAUGUGAGGGCUCUGUGGAGAGGGAGCCUCUGAAUGAGCAGGUAAUGGUGGAAGAAAGGCCUUCAUCCAUGCCUAACAGGCCUCUGAUGAGCCGAACAGAAAGCCGCUCAUCGGAGGCUGAUCGUGGAUCUACUGAAGCGUUCAUGGCUCAAGCCAGAUUAGCCUGGGAAGCUCAGCAAGCACACUUUCACAUGAAACAAAGAAGCAGCUGGGACUCACAAAAAGAUGGCUCUGGGUAUGAGAGUGACGGCGCUGUGCCGUUGCCAAUGCCAGGUCCAGUUGUCCGAGCGUUCAGUGAGGAUGAGGCUCUUGCUCAGCAGGAUAGCAAACACUGGAAAAGAAGCAACUUUGAAAAACUUGGGUUUCCUCAAAUACUUCUGGAAAAAAGUGUUUCAGUUCAGACAAACCUGGCAUCUCCAGAACCGUAUUUGCAUCCAUCUCAGUCUGAAGACCUUGGUGCCUGCGCUCAGUUCGAGAACAGUCGUCAGAACAGGAAUAUGAUGCCCAGUGCCAGUUGUGUCUUCCCAACAUUCACUCUCAGAAAGCCGUCCUCCGAGACAGAUAUUGAGAACUGGGCCUCCAAGCAUUUCAAUAAGCACACACAGGGUCUUUUCCGGCGCAAAGUGUCCAUUGCCAACAUGCUGGCCUGGAGCAGCGAGUCUAUCAAAAAACCUAUGAUAAUGACUUCUGACCGCAACGUGAAAAAGGAAGCUUGUGAAAUAUUCAAACUAAUCCAGAUGUACAUGGGUGACCGAAGGUCCAAAUCUGACCAACUGAGUGUGGGCCUGGAGGUUGCCACCAAAGGAUGGAGUAUGCAGGGUUUACGGGAUGAGCUGUAUAUCCAGCUCUGCAGACAAACCACUGAGAACUUCCGUUACGAGAGCCUGGCACGUGGCUGGGAACUAAUGGCUAUUUGUCUGGCCUUUUUUCCACCUACUCCCAAAUUUCAUUCCUACCUGGAAGGAUAUAUUUAUAGGCAUAUGGAUCCCGUGAAUGAUACAAAAGUGAAUCGACACAUAAAAGCGCUUCUGGAAGGGAACAAUAAGAAGAAAUCCAAAAUGAGAAAGAAAGCAAAGCCUUAUUUUGAAGAGCGUGAUGGGGUUGCAAUUAGCACAUAUGCCAAGUAUUGCUACAGGAAGCUCAGAAAGGCAGCCUUGUUGGGGGGCAAAAAAGGUAGAUAUAUUUUUCAUGGUUUAAAGAAGCCAAAUAUAGAAGAGAUCAAACAUGCAAGGAAUGCAGUUUUCAGUCCCUCUAUGUUCGGCAGCUCGUUGCAGGAGAUCAUGAACAUGCAGAAGGAUAAAUACCCAGACAGACAGCUGCCUUGGGUACAGACGCGGCUGUCUGAGGAGGUGCUGGCACUAAAUGGUGACCAAACAGAAGGCAUAUUCAGGGUCCCUGGAGAUAUUGAUGAAGUGAAUGCCCUGAAGCUGCAGGUAGAUCAGUGGAAAAUUCCCACAGGACUGGAAGAUCCUCAUGUUCCAGCGUCACUACUGAAGCUGUGGUAUCGAGAGCUGGAGGAACCUCUGAUACCUCAUGAGUUUUAUGAACAGUGCAUCACACACUACGAGAAUCCAGAGGCCGCUAUUGCUGUCAUACACUCACUUCCGAGGCUAAAUAAGAUGGUGCUAUGCUACCUCAUCCGUUUCCUACAGGUAUUUGUGCAGCCUGCUAAUGUGACUGUAACAAAGAUGGAUGUUAGCAACCUUGCUAUGGUUAUGGCACCCAACUGCCUGCGCUGCCAGUCGGAUGAUCCACGCAUCAUUUUUGAAAACACCAGAAAAGAAAUGUCCUUUAUCCGGGUCCUUAUUCAGCAUCUGGACACAAGUUUCAUGGAAGCAGUGCUAUAGCGAAACUCAAACAUUGCAUCACCAAACAAGUGAAUACAGGAAGCGUUUGCUCAUCCGCCUGUCUGACUCUAUGACAUCUCACUGUUUGUCUGCACCGUGUUACAGGUACAGUUGAGGCUGAUUCCCAGAAGAGGUCCCAACACAAUCUGCCUUCUCAUUUAGUGCGGUAACCAUGGAGUGAAUGGUGAAGAAACAUCUUUUUAGUUCAUCCACUGUGGCAAUAAUGACCAGACUCUCAAUUAGUUGAACAACCCGCCUCUGCUUCGGACCAAAGUUCAGCAAAUGUAUGGAGGAGGAACUAGAAGUCAGGAAGAUAACACUUCCCUUGUGCUUUGUAAACAUGUAGGAUUAUUUACAACCAAGUUGCUAUAUAAAAAAAAAAAUCCAGGUCUUGUUAGCAGCCACAACCUGCUGUUGUUAACGCCCAAUGUGUUUCCUUUUCAUCACACCGUUAGUCCUGUCAGACUGGACCUGCUAGAGCAGCAGAUAAAGAUCUUCACACAUAGAUGUGAACAUGAAGACUUUUGUUAUUGCUCCAUAAAGUGCUGGUUAUAUACAGAGAGCUACACAUGGAUAUGUAUUGAGUGCAACGGAUAAACUGCGUUAUAAGCCUUAGGGGGUAUACUAUCAUACCAUCCACUAAAGCAUCUCAUACACCAGUGUUUCCUAACUUUGUUCUUUGGGGCUUAUGAUCAGAUCACAUUUACUGACAGUUCUGUUUUACACUUGACCAAUACACUGACUAAGUCACUUGUGCACAACCAAUAUUUGGGUUGUGGGUCCCAAGACCAUGGUCAAAAAAUACUAUGUUUUACUGAUGUGAAUCUGAAAUUAAUAUAUACAGUAAUUUUAGUUUGUUAAUGAUGUAAAAUGUGCUGAAAGCCUAAAAUGGCCACUGAAUGUCAGGGUAGAAGUAACUGGUGAUUACCAUGCAAGUGUGUGUAGGACAGGCAGGAUAUAGGCCAUGCUAUUGCAUUUCAUGUUACGUUCAUUUUGUGGGAGAUGUAGAGUGCUGGCUAAAGAUUCCAUGCUAUGAAAUAUCAGGGCUAGAUUACGAGUGGCGCACAAGCAAAAAGUGGUUUAUUGCGACCCUUUGCACACGUCAGAACUAGUGUGUGUAUUACAAGUUGAAACUAAACACGUUCACUCAAUCCCAAUUGAAUUUAACAUGCGUUGGGAUAGUGCAACUUCAGAUCUCUGGUUAAGAGUUAAGCUAUAUGUACAGAUAUAUAUUUUACAAAAAAACAUCAAAUAUAUGGAAAUAUGUAUUUAUGAAUAAAUAGAACAUAUUCUGCUAUGUGAAGAACAUUGGAAUGUAAAAAUAUUCAUAUUUUAUGUCAGGUUAGCGCUCUUAAGAAAAUGCAAUUUGGUUUGUGCUCAAGUAAGGGUGUUUUUUUCCAUUUUUCACGCUCUAUCAAACUCUAUGGGGGAAUACGUUAACACGAUUGCGAUAUUCAGUUCAGCUUUUUACUUUAAACUUGUGAUACGCAUGCUACCCGAUGCGUGCAAAAUGCCAAACUUCUAGCGGAGUUAAUGUGUGAGCAAAAACUACCACUCCACUCUUCAUCUAGGCCUUAGUCGGUACUUGAAUGAUAAUGUAGGGUUUUCCAUAAUAAUGAGAACAAUUCAGAACAGUACAACAUUGCUGAAUGUCUGCUGAGGUUUCGGGUACAGAGCAUUUUUUCCCCACCACGUCCAGGGAUCUUGAUUAGAUAUGGGUUAAGUACUUUUGCAUAUUGUUAGAACUUAUAGCACAAUAUCAUGUUGUGCUAUUCCGUCUACAAUUAAACAUGUAGCUGACAUUGGAUUUUAGGGGGUGUAGGUUUUGGUAAUCACCUCUUACAAUUAAACAUAAAGCUGACGUUGGAUUUUAGGGGAUGUUGGCUUUGGUAAUCACCUCUUACAAUUAAACAUAAAGCUGACGUUGGAUUUUAGGGGGUGUUGGCUUUGGUAAUCACCUCUUACAAUUAAACAUAUAGCUAACGUUGGAUUUUAGGGGGUGUUGGCUUUGGUAAUCACCUCUUACAAUUAAACAUAUAGCUGACGUUGGAUUUUAGGGGGUGUAGGCUUUGGUAAUCACCUCUUACAAUUAAACAUAUAGCUAACGUUGGAUUUUAGGGGGUGUUGGCUUUGGUAAUCACCUCUUACAAUUAAACAUAUAGCUGACGUUGGAUUUUAGGGGGUGUUGGCUUUGGUAAUCACCUCUUACAAUUAAACAUAUAGCUGACGUUGGAUUUUAGGGGGUGUUGGCUUUGGUAAUCACCUCUUACAAUUAAACAUAUAGCUGACAUUAGUGUUUAGGGGGUAUAGGCUUUGGUAAUCACCUCUUUACAUUUCACCACUAAUUAAUACUUCUGUAAAAUCUGUGGAUGAGUUCAGUUCAUCACUUCUCAGAUAAUGAGCCACCUCACAAAGAAACAGACAGUUCAGCAAACCUGCCCAAUAAAACUGUCUUAGGUGGUCAAUCUUGCACUUGUUGGUCCCUUUUAAGCUGGUGUACUGGUGUUUCCAAAUAUUUUUGCUUUGGGGCAAAGUCCAAUUUAAGUUGCUGCAGAAUUUAAAUCAACCAUUCCGUUAAUACAGAGACAGUGUGUGGACACAGAUUCCAGUACAAACAAGUACCUUGUGUUCCAGGUCAGUAUGAGUUAGUCUCAAUACACUAAGAUUCAGAAGUAAAGCAAACGAUUAAGAGGCUUUUUACGGAUGUAACAGUUCUAAUGAAACUUGCAAUUCGAUUAUAUAAUAUUUCUAUUGUUGCAGCUAUAAAUUAACAGAAGCUUCAUUGAUAUAAAAGUUUUAUUCAUUGA